UCCGGGCUGGGCCACCUGGCGGAGAAACUUGUGGGUUGUUGCCCUCGGGCUGAGCCGGGGCGGGAACGCGGAACCGAACCAUGGAACGGACGUCGGGGAGCCGCGAGCCCCGGGCCCGGCCGAGAGAGCGGGACCCAGACCGGCACCCCCGCCCAGACCGAGACCGCCACCCCGACAGACAGCGGGACGGAGCCGCGGACCCGCGCAGGGAGAGAAGCGGGGGCGGGCGGAGGGACCGGGAACCCCGCCAGGACAGGCACAGGCCCGGAGACCAUCGCGGCGGUGAACGAAGAGUUUGGGAGCAACCCCGCCAGAGUCGGACGCGGGACGGACCCCGGCGGCCCACCUGGGACGCGGCCCCGCCUCCCUGGCCCGCGCCUUGGGAAACCCCGGAGCCGCCGCCCCUGCGGAAGGAGGGCCUCGGACGUCGGGGGCCCGAAAGUGAAUCCACUUCAGGGAGAUAUCCGCUCUCGCCCCCCAGGCCUGGACUAGAGGAAGUGGAAUAUUACCAGUCGGAGGCUGAAGGGCUCCUGGAAUGCCACAAGUGCAGAUACCUGUGCACCGGGAGAGGUGUGAUACAGAUAGUGGAGGUGAUAUUGAAUGGGAUGGUUCUCAUGUGUAUCGUGGCCUCCUACUUUGUCCUUGCUGGAUUCAGCGCCAGUUUUGCCAGCGGUGGCGGCUUUGGGAACAGCUAUUACUCACCAUUUGAGGGCACCGAGCUGGAGCAGGUUCGGCAGCUGGACCAGCAAUACACGAUCCUCCGGGCACCCCUGAUAUACGGUGGAGUGGCUGUUUCCCUGGGGCUGGGUGUCCUCACCUUGGGUGUUUUACUCCAAGGAGCCAAGAGUCUAAAACUGCUGGGGAAGUGGCUCCUCCUGGAGGCCGCCUUCAGCCUCCUCGCGGCAGCAGGCUACUGCGUAGGCAUCGGCAUUUACCUCCACUCGGCCUUGCAGAUCAAUGCCACAGACACUUGCAGGACAAGAGAGAGGGUCUAUGCCCGCAAGGGUCUCACCUGGAUGAACUGCCAGCUGGCAGGCACUGAUGGAGCAGCAGCCACCUUUGCUUGUCUUCUGGUGGUGAUGUAUGGCGCCAGUGUGGUGCUGGCCCUGCGGAGCUACCGAGAACAGAAGCACGACAAGGACAGCCAUGAACAGCACAGAGAUUACAGUGAUGCACCAGAAUACCUGUGGUCUGGAACACUGAGAUCCACUGGAACCUAAAGGUCAACCCACCUCCCUUGUUUCUCUCAAAAAGAUGGGUCCGUUAAAAUCGCACAUUACACAAGUGGGGUUUUCCCAUACUUGAUUUUAUAAAUGCUCCCUUUGGAACCAAUGCAAAGCUAGAUGACCAUCCCAGUUUUCUAUCAAUGUCUUUGUUGGCUGAGAGCUAUUAAAAAAAAAUACCUCCACCUUUGCUACAAAGAGCAACACUGGAAGUUUGCAUGUAGGCUUAUGGUUUGGCUCUCUUACCAAAUGGUAAGGUAAUAAUACUAGCUGAGUAGUCAGAGAAAUUCUAAAAGACGAGAACAACACAUCAGGGGCAGCAGGCCCAGUGUUACAGUGGAAAUAGCUUGCCUGGCCGAACUAAAGUCACUAAGAAAAACAUGCCAUCUCCCCCUGUAUUUGAUCCCAGGGAAAUGAUUUUAAAGCAUUUGUAUGAUUAGCUUCCAAACGAGUAAUUACAUUGGGACUCUCCUGGAAGAAAACUCUCCUGCCCAUUUGACAGUGUACCGUGACCACAUGGGUCCCAGAGGCUGGAUCCCUGAUACCUGAAGACAGGUGCUUCUAGCAUGCAUGUUCCUCCUUGGGAUUCCUGGGGUAGGGCUCAGAGAAAAUGCUUUUUGGAAAACUUUGAAAAACUUUCCAAGCUAUUUUCUUUUUUGUUUCAAGUCAUUUGAUUCGAAUUCACUUUCCUGAAAUAUCUUAUAAUUUCCUGAAAUAAGAGGCCUCCAAAUUGUGAGAAAUAAGAUCCAUGUUCUUAAGUGUGCAAAGAUAAAGCAGUUGGUUUUACUAGAGUAUAUAGGCAUUUUGGAGGCUUCUUUAUUUCUGCGUCCCUUCCAGUGCCCUAUAGAGUAGGCCUUCAAAGGUCGAUUGUAAUCUCUCCUGAUCCUGAAUUGUUUCCAUAAUGUAACAGAUCAUUAACACUGAAUCUCAAAAAUAAAGUGCUCUCAAUAAUUUUAAUCUAAAGUUUUAUAGCUGUUCUUAUACUUUACAACUAGUCUCAGAUAUUCAUGUCAGAU